UAUAUUUUCCAACCAAAAGGAGACCUUGUAAUUACAGUCUAAGCUUAGUGAUGGCCAAGCCCACUAGCGUUAAGGAUGCCCUGGCCAAGUGGGAGGAACGCAAUAAGCAGCCACUGGCAACGGCCACUGAAAUCGGUCUGCAGUUCCAGUAUCCACCGAUUGAGAAGAUGGACCCAGUCCUAAACAGCCUGACCGAGUGCCAGAAGUUGAGCCUCUCCUCGAACAUGAUCGAGAAGAUUUCCGGCAUUUCGGGAAUGAAGAAUUUGCGUGUCCUUAGCCUGGCACGCAACAAUCUGAAAGCGCUCAAUGGCAUUGAGCCGCUGGCCGAUACCCUGGAGGAGCUGUGGGUCAGCUACAAUAACAUUGAGAAAAUCAAGCCCCUGGAGGUAAUGAAGGCCCUUAAGGUGUUCUAUAUUUCGCACAAUGUGAUCAAGGAUUGGGCGGAGUUUGGACGCAUGGGGAUUCCCCCCAAUCUCUCCGACAUCAGCUUUGUGGGCAAUAUCCUUAGCGAAAAUAUGGAGCCGGCUGCCUUUGCUGCCGAGGCAAUCCGCCGUUUGCCCAAUCUCAAGAAACUGGACGGAGAGCCAGUUAUUCGUUAGUAAAAAUGGUUACAAGUGUUGACAAUACUGUAUUGUAUUAUUUAAUGAACCAUUAAAGCAUAUAGCAUAUAAUCCUCCUA